GUGUAAUGCUUCGACGGCACGACACACGACACCUUCCAUUCAUGGAUUUUACGAUGUGCCACAACUCUAAAGCAUAUGUAACGAAAAAAGGAAGUCGUUAAACUAAAUCUAUCAAAACUACGCCUUUUUUUCUACGCGCGAACUCGCCUUGAUCCAAAUCAUUCCGAACAAUUAAACAUAGCUAUUUUUUCUCCUCUUUCCGUCGGUUAACAAACCGCAGACGCCUAAGAAGAAGAAGAAGAAGAAGAAGAAGAAGAAGAAGAAGAAGAAGAAGAAGAAGAAGAAGAAGAAGAAGAAGAAGAAGAAGAAGAAGAAGAAGAAGAAGAAGAAGAAGACGAAUUAGAAGAAGCAGCGUGCGAUGUGUAUGGGGGAUCUCUUGUGUUGAGGCUCACACGAGUUGGUGGGAGAAGAAAACGAGCGGCCGAGCGAGUUGAGGCAUCAAGGCCGACAGUCGCCGCGCGGAUUCCAAACGAAACACCUGCUUACAAGCCAACGGUUUUCAUUCAGGCAGGGGUUUUUAAACUUUCGCGCCUUCAUGCUCUAGCGGCUGACUGAUUUGUCGAGGCGACGUAUAACUUUGAUAAGAGAUACACAAAACGAACAGAUAAUACCGGAUAAGAGAAUGAAGAGCGAGGAGCAGCAGCAACAGCACGGUGACAGGGGACUGUCCAGUACUGUUGCGUUUGUUUUCAGCAUGCUUACCCACAUUUUGUUGCUAGUUUCGGUGCUCUACAUCGUUGGACUUGGCUUUCAAAAUUAUCAACUUUUCUCUUGGCAUCCAAUAUGCAUGGCUCUUAGCGCCGGCUUUCUGCUUAUCGAAGGAGUCUACGCAAUCUCGGGUGAGGCAUUUGUCUCAAAGAAACUCACUCGUAAGAAUCGUAUAACCUUGCACUGGAUUCUCCAUCUAGUUGGUUUGAUUCUGAUGACAAUUGGUUUGGUGAUAACCAUCGUCAAUAAGAACAAGCUUGGCAAGGAUCAUUUCGUCACGACUCACGCUCAACUGGGACUGGCAGUCUUCGUCAUCGUUUGGGUCAUUGCCGCUUUUGGGAUUCUCGCUAAUAACGCUCAGUGGUUCUAUCCGACAGUUCGACCUGUACUUCUCAAAGUCGUGCACUCGUGCGCUGGUAUUUGUAUGGUGAUUCUGCUACUUGCGACUGUCAUCAAUGGUACUUAUACCAAGUGGUGGGGAAAGAGUGGUGGCACUGAAACCAGCAAGGGUCUUGUCUUCGCGGCCUUAUUUAUCGCGGGUGUUUUAGUGAUUGUUAAACCGAUAAUUGGAGCUAUUGCCAGGACGAGGGUUCUCAUGCGACCUCCACCGUCAGCGCAGUCUAGUAGUAAUGUUGCCGCGAGUUAG